UUCUUUUUCUUUUGUGUGGGUCCAUUGCGAUUAUUUUUCAGGGAAACUUAUUUUCAUUUGUCCUCCGCCGUCACCGAUCACCGGAGAUCUCAUCCCCUCUUCUCUUUUUCUCAAUUUUAGGGUUCUUCCGUUCGCAACAUCUCGCGCCUAUUGAAUCCAAUCAAUUGGUUUUUCGAAGAUAUUAAACGAGAUUCUGAGCACGAAAGGGGGGAAUAAAUCAUGUCGGCGCUCUUCAAUUUUCACUCAUUCCUGACGGUGGUGUUAUUAGUAAUUUGUACCUGCACGUAUAUCAAGAUGCAUUUUCCUGCCAUUCUUGAACAGAGAACUGGAUUUCGAGGGUUCUUUUGGAAGGCUGCUAGGAUUGGUGAAAGGCUGAGUCCGUGGGUGGCUGUAGGAUGCUUCACAAUAGGUGUAUCAAUAAUAUUUUUCUAAAAGAAUCCAAGUUCGUGUAUGCAAAUUUUGUUCGUUACAAGCUGCUGUUUGCAAUUAGAAGCUGGGUUCUUCCAAAAUGGCUUAUAUGUAGAAGAUUUUUUUGUACCGUUCUUUUGUGGAUGAUGAUCAAGGUGUCCAUUUUUUUUAUGAAGUCAACCUAGUAAUGUAAGAUAAUUGGUAUUAUUGAUUACAUGAUGGGAAACUUAGUGUAAUUGUUUGUGACAACAGAAUUUUAGUACAUGUAUUAUUGUACCACGGUCAA